CGGGGCGGAUGUCCACCUCACUUUUCCCCGGGUGUUGUCCGCCUCCCCGGCACACACUACAUCUCUCCGAGCAGCUCACUUCAUUGUACCGACUGCGCUCAUCAAUUAAGACCAGAAUUAAGCCCGUAAUUGUGUCUCGGCGCUUCGCAGAGGAUUAUAAACCGCGGACGGAGCUGCCGGAGAAGUUUUUGAGCGCGGUGGGAAAGCGGACGGGAGCGAAACACAGCCAUGCCCUCAGUGAUGGAGCGCUCGGGGGCCGGGGUCCUGUCCAGGAGCAGAGCCAAGACCGUAACCAACGGCAACAGCCAACCGCACUCUGAAGAGGAGAGCAGCGAUGAAGAGCAUGCUCAUGACAGUAUGAUCAGAGUGGGAGGAGACUACCAGGCUCAGAUCCCGGAGUUCAAACCAGACAGUCCAAACCGCUACAACGAGAAGGACCAGAGGAGCAUGUUGGUCUGGUGUCCCAACAGUCUGCUUUCUGAUGCAAUGUUGGACGAGUACAUCCUGAUGGCUAAAGAGAAACAUGGCUACAACAUGGAGCAGGCUCUCGGCAUGUUAUUAUGGCACAAACACGACGUGGAGCGCUCGCUCGCCGACCUGGCCAACUUCACCCCGUUCCCAGACGAGUGGACUGUGGAGGAUAAAGUGCUGUUCGAGCAGGCCUUCAGCUUCCACGGCAAGAGCUUCCACCGCAUCCAGCAGAUGCUUCCAGACAAGCUGAUCUCCAGCCUGGUGAAGUAUUACUACAGCUGGAAGAAGACCAGGACCAGGACCUCCGUCAUGGACCGACAGGCCCGGCGGCUGGUCAACAAGAGAGAGAAAGACGACAGUAACGACGACAUAGAGGAAGGUGACCCCGGCAGUGACAGUGACUUUGAGAUCGACACCAAGAAAGAGGCCGUGAAACAGAACCCCAACAACGCCAACACCGACAAGACCAUGCCCAGCCGCUCCGGGCCGGUCAAGAAGGAAAACUUCGGGGCUCAGUACCGCCACCACCCGCUCAGAGCCCGCCGCAGACCACCCAAAGGCAUGUACCUAGAGCAAGGAGACAUCACGUCCCUGUCAGCCUCCCACGAUGCCGGUGUGCUGACUGUGCGGCAGCUGGACACGCAGUUGGUGUCCCUCAAGAGACAGGUUCAGUCCAUUAAACAGAACAACAGUAGUUUGAAACAGAGCAUAAGUGAAGGUCUCGACAUCUACAGACCUGCUGAGCCUGCCCCUAAGAUGAACUCCCGUUGGACCACAGAGGAGCAGCUCCUGGCUGUGCAGGCUAUCCGUCGCUAUGGUAAAGACUUCUCGGCCAUCGCUGAGGUGAUCGGGACCAAGACGCCGGCUCAGGUGAGUUCGUUCUUCGUGAGCUACCGGCGCCGGUUCAACCUGGACGAGGUGCUGAGGGAGUGGGCGGCCGAACAGGUGGCCACCAGCCGAGACCAGAGAGACCCCAGGAGGAGCGGCGAGGAGAUGACAGCGACCACAGAUGGAGCUGCUGAGGAGGACGAGGUCAAGAUGGAGGACUCUCCAACAGACGCAGCCGGAGGCUCCUCUCCGCCCUCCACCACUCAGACCCCCUCCUCCCUCUCCCAGCCCCCUCCGCUGCUGCGCCCGGCACCCCCGUCGGCUCCCCCCAGCCUCCUCCGCCAGCCCCCGCCUCUGCAGACGCGCCCGCUCCAGAACCGAGCGCCCCACAACCACCCUCCGCCUCCGCUCAUCCGACCCGCGGUGACAUCCUCAUCCACCUCCACCGGGAGCUCCAGCCUCAGGGCUUCACCUCCCAGCUCCUCCUCCGCUGCAGGGCAGAUGCCUCCGUCGCUGGUCGGGCUCAAAGUGGAGCAGCCCAACUCACACUGAUACACAUAUACACACACACACACACACACACACACACACACACACACAGAUAAUAGAAAAACACACACAUAAAUUAGCAUGCAGACUUUAGCCUGUAACUUCAUCGCUCCUCGCCUUUGUUCCCGGGACCAUCACACAUCACAUGACCACGACUGAACACACUCAGGUCCCCACGGUGACAUCACAGCUCUUAAAAUGUGGCAGGAAGUGUGUGAGGACGCCCCCACAGGUCCACUUUGUAAGGCGGUGGCCUGAAGCCCCUUUACUGUACUAACAAACACCACCUACCUCCAGACCACUGUUCUCCAGCUCACACACACACUACAAACAAACAAACACUACCUUACACACACACGCGCGCACACACACACACCUCCCUGAAGAAGACAAAAUAAGAGACACUGGAUCGUCAAGCUGUUGAAGAAAGCCAUGACCACAGAGCAAGCAAAACCCACCUGCCAGUUUCCAUGGCAACUGCAGAACAUCUGGAUUGUGGAGGAGUGUGAUUGCGCACACACACAAUAUAUAUAUAUUAUAUAUAUAUUCUAUCUAUACUGUAGGUUCCACUGGGCAGGUAUCAAGUCAUCCAAACAACCUUCAGGAAAAUGAGAUGACGAGGGAACGAGGGAGAGAAAAGACGAGAGAGACGGAGGAAGAGUUUCCCACAUCUGAGCCAAACCUGAGAGGUCGCGUAGAUUGUAGGAAAUCAUCGGACGGCUGGAAACGAUGUGGAGAAGCGCGCCUUUCCCUGUCGAGCUUUGCUUUAAAACUUGGAGCCCCGUACGAGUUAAAAAGGUACUUUUGCCAAGAAACUGAGCUAGUAAGCGAAGCUGUGCUGUGAGUUUCUCGUUCCGACUUAUUUGAAUUUAAAAAUCCAAAAUGGAAAAACAAAAGAGUGGGAGAUCCCUCCUCUUCCUCUUCUCUCAUGGCCAUGUAUUACUAUUAUUAACUGGAGUGAUGUUUUUCCCUUUUUUUUUUGACUAGACUUUUAAAGUGAGCUCUAGGUAGGCGGUUAGUUAUUGUAAGUAGGUUUAGAUAGUGCAAUCUUUAUUAUGACGAUGAUUAUCGAGCACUGAGGAGAGAAAAAAAAAAAAGAGCCUUUUAACACACGUGACCGGACACAUUUCGAGAAGUUCAGUGUCGCUUACUGUCCGUUACUUUCCAGGAAUAUCUUCCGCAGUUGACCGCUCUGGACGGCAGCUGAACGAAACAUUAGGCGUCCGUGUAAAACGUGAUUUUUUUAAAGCAGGUUUACAAAGUGAAGGCCACAGUCGACCUUUACUGGAAAAAAACAAACAAAAAACUGAAACGCUCUGCCAAAGUCUGUUAUUGCUUUAAAAGCUCGUCGUCCCACAGAAUCCCCACGUCUCCACUAGCUGUUAAACAUCUAAGAAAAGUUUGGUGUUUUCCACUUGUUGGCCUGUUUGCUGUAGUAGAAUAAAAGGUGUUAAAU